AUCUGAAGUUCAUUUUUUGUUGAUUAGGUUGUUGCAAAGACUACUGUUAAGUUUGGGGGUCUGUUUAUAAGUAACAUUUACAGUGAACCACUUAGUUCCCUCAGACUUUAGGCUGUAAAUCCUAAUCAGGAACUUGAAAUUGCGUAUGUGAUAUUGCUGUAAACUGUUCUGAUGACUUUGUGGUUUUGAAUGUAAUUUCUGAAACUUAGUAAAGUAAUAAUGGGUCAUAAUUCCUCCUCCCUUCCAUUUGGGUAAAUAAUUAUGACUAGUUUCACAUGUUUUGUAGUUGCUACUUUUAUGAGUCCCAUGUUACCCAUUUCUCAUGUUUUUUAUGAUUCAUAUUAUCGAAUAAUCUGGCGCUGGUGCCGUUCAGCCAUUUGACCUUAGUUGUCUUUGACCUCGAUUGUUCUAUGUUUUAAUCUGUGCUCAUAACCUUAAAAAGCGAAAUGGAAGGAAGCGGAAGUAUUUAUUGUAUGUGUGCGCGCGCGUCCGUAGAUACGUUUGAAUUUUGUCGUGUAACAUUGUACGUUUUUAAGUUUAGAAGUAUGAUGUCUAAAUGAGCUCUUUUCAUUGUAAACAUAGUUAAAGUAGAAUGUGUGACUUCUGUGAACACAGUGGAUGUAUUGUUAUAUUUUUGCGAUGGGCUGAGACUGUCUCCCGGUGGAUUGGGCCCUCCAACCAGUCCUUAUGUGAGACGGAAAUUUGAUUUGCCUUCCAGAAAGCGGGAUGUGGUUCUCCAGCAGACGCAGUGACAGUGACGCACGGUUGGACGGCAAGGUGGCCGUCAUCACAGGUGCCAACUGCGGCAUCGGCAAGGAGACGGCACUGGACUUUGUGCGGAGAGGUGCUCGCGUCGUCAUCGCAUGUCGGGACCUGAAGAAGGCCGAACGAGCUGCAGACGACAUCCGACGUGACACGAGCGAAGUGAAGGACGCUGGUCACGUGGUGGUGGCCCGGCUUGACCUGUCCUCACUGGCCUCGGUGAGGCAGUGCGCCCAGCACCUUCUGCAGACCGAGCACUCCGUCAACAUACUUGUCAACAAUGCCGGCGUGUGCUACUAUCCGAAGGCUUACACAGAGAAUGGCUUUGAGAUGCAUAUUGGCGUGAACCAUCUGGGUCACUUCCUGUUCACUUGUCUUCUGUUACCCCGCAUUAUUCGUUCGGCACCUGCCAGGAUCAUCACUGUCUCCUCUUACAAGAACUGUUUAGCUGAAGGCAUCUGUCUGAACGACCUGCACUGGGAGAGAAGGCCGUACAGUGCCUUUGAUGCGUAUUCUGAAUCGAAGCUGGCCAACAUACUAUUCAGUGUGGAGCUUGCCAGGAGGCUCAAAGGGCUGGGCGUCACCACAUAUGCGGUCCAUCCCGGAGUCGUUGCUACCGAGGCCGCACGCUACGCGAAUGACUCGUUCUUCUCAGGUGCACAGUGGUUGUUUGAAAAUGUCCUUAUAUAUUUUAUCAAGACACCACGGCAGGGUGCGCAAACUACGAUCCACUGUGCUGUGUCAGAGGAGGCGGGGGGCGAGACUGGACUCUACUACAGGGACUGCAAGAAGGGCCGACCAAAUCCCUUAGCUUUCAACACGAAGCUGGCAGUAGAUCUGUGGGACAAGAGUGCCAGACUGGUGGGAAUGCGGUCCUGGGAUCCCUUCACUGCGUGGGAUACAACUUCCAGGAUACUGUGCGAAGAUUCCAAAGGGUCAAGGCAACUCUGAAGACUCAGUAUUUUGAAACAAGUGGUGUUACGUUUUUGUAGGGUGUUGAAAGACAAGACCUUGUGCUCUAAACACACCAGGCCACAAUAUUCUUAAAAGUGUGAAAAGAACUUCCAGUGGAAUGAUGCAUUUUAAGGUUUCAACAAAUUUGUCUUGGUUGUUUUGAAACUACUCAUGAUGGAUGUAAUUUCCAAAAAUGACAAUCAAGUUAUAGCCCUCAUAUUUUGAUGCCUGGUCGCUAAUAAUAUCAAUAUUUAUAUCACUAGAUUAAACAAACGUGCACUUUUCUUUUUUCACAGAACACCACACAUUUAAAAUUCUAGUUGGAGAGAUGAAAUGACCAAACACAGAGUAGAGACAAUAUAUUUCUUCACAAGCUGUUUUAUUCUACUGUGGUAAUGGCAACACAUACCAAGCAAAUUGAUGAUGAUCUUUGAGAAGACUGUACAUGAGACUGUGACAAGCCUCUAGACCUAAGGAAGGCGAAUGAAGAUGAUGUACAUUUAAUAAGACACAUAACAAUAUCCAUUUAGAUGUUUUCAAGUGAGUGCAUGCACAAAAAAAUUUAACUUUGUAGCGCUUAGUAAAGGUUUCUGAUACCACAUUUUCUUCAAAUCCAUCAUCUGGAUUAAGAGCUGGAAAGUGUGACAUGCGUCAGGUAUGAGCUUAAUAAAAUCACCAAGAUUUCACAGUGA